AUUCGACAUUUCUCAUGAGAAAUAGCACCAAUCUGCACGUGAAUCCCCAACAAACAGUUUUUAAAAUAUUUAUAACUUUUUAUUGUUUUUAUUAAGAAAAUAAUAUUGUGCGCUAUAUAAAAAUAUCGUGAAUAUUGAUUGACCUUACAAAUGAAUUUUUAAAUUGCAAUCGUAUUUAAGAAAAAUUAAGAAAAACCACAUCGAAAAUAACAAAAAAAAAGAGAAACCAUCAACGACUUCGACGAGUGAAAAAAAACACACAUUUUCCCUCUUGUGUUUGCAAGUUCCUUUUUUUUUUUUUUUUUAAUUAAACAUCGAAAAAUAAGCCAAAACAUAUAUGAAUUUUUAUUAAUAUUUUGCUCAAAUAACGGAAUUAAAUUGAAUUGAUAAUUCCCUAAAGAAAAGAGAAUAAUCGAAACUCAAAUUAUUUACACCAGCGUCCCUUAAAAAUUACAUAAUCCAACGAAAUUCGGGAGAGAAUUUGUCAAAAUUUUGUACAAAAAAAAAUAUAUUUAAUUUUUGAUUAAAAUAAAUAAAAAAUAUUUUAAGUUUUUCUUGUUUUGAUUUGCGUUUGAAAAAACAAGUGAAAGAAAGAAAAUUUUAUCUUGGAAUUUCUUGUCGUGAGCGGAGAAUUAUGUAGAUUCAAUCGUCGAGUGCACAAGUGCUCGCUGUUUCGCUCUUUUUUUUUGUUCUCGGGGGAUUCUCUUGUAUCCUCGUCAUUCAUGCAAAAAUUGAGCUGAAAUCGAAUUAGUUUUAUCAAAAAUCAUUCAAUAAAAUUUUGUUAAACCAACAAAAAGCAAAUUAAGUUUAAUAGAAUCAUCAAAUCGGCAGAAGUUAAAAGACGACAACAAAAAAGACAUGACCCAAAGAGAACGCGACACUAUCAUUCAUUUGGUUGCUGGCGGAACUGCUGGCACAGUUGGAGCUGUAUUAACAUGUCCCUUGGAAGUUGUUAAGACACGGCUACAAAGUUCAUCGUCAUUUGUGUCACCACCACGCCUACCAGAAGCACCAGGAUGUGCCCAUCAAAAUGAGGGACUCCUUAGACCUGAACAACGCCGUAAACUAUGUACAACAAUUCUACGAAAACGACCGCAGCCACAGGUGAUUGGGGGUGUCCGGAGGAUAAUGGCCAUCUCACAUUGUGGCAUAUCAUCAACAGCUAAAAGUAUGAGCAUCGUGCAAUGUUUGAAGCACAUAGUACAAAAUGAAGGACCACGAGCUUUAUUCAAAGGAUUGGGUCCGAAUCUCGUUGGCGUAGCACCAUCACGCGCAAUUUAUUUCUGCACUUAUUCUCAAACAAAAUCUAUGUUAAAUAGUUUAGGCGUUGUUCGAAAAGAUUCACCAGUGGUACACAUACUAAGCGCAUCAUGCGCAGGUUUUGCAGCUUCCUCAGCAACAAAUCCAAUUUGGUUUGUUAAAACCCGACUACAAUUGGACUAUAACUCCAAAGUUCAAAUGACAGUUAGAGAGUGCAUUGCACGAAUAUACGCACAGGGUGGUGUGAGGGCUUUCUAUAAGGGUAUUACAGCUAGUUAUGUUGGAAUCUCUGAGACUGUUGUUCAUUUUGUCAUCUAUGAAGCCAUCAAAUCGAAAUUGGUUGAGUAUCAUGGUACACAUCAUCCAGGAGAUUUGAAAACAUCGAGAGAUUUUCUUGAAUUUAUGAUGGCUGGUGCCACAUCUAAGACAAUUGCAUCGUGUAUUGCCUAUCCACAUGAAGUUGCGAGGACAAGACUGAGAGAAGAAGGUAACAAGUACAAUAAAUUUUGGCAAACAUUACAUACCGUAUGGAAGGAAGAAGGUCGAGCUGGACUCUAUAGGGGCCUAGCAACACAACUAGUCCGGCAAAUACCAAAUACAGCUAUAAUGAUGGCCACUUAUGAAGCCGUCGUUUAUGUUCUAACCCGACGAUUUAACAGUGGCUUUUUGGAUGCUGGUUGGUAAAAUUUGCUCAUCGUAACGGUAUCUCAACCCUCCACACAACCAUCCACCUAACUAAUAAUUUGUCUUAACUAAAACUCAAAACCGCUAUGUAAACUUAAAUGCUAGAAACGCAACAAAAAAAUUACCUAAGCUCUAAACUCACACACACAAAGAAAAAAAAAAAACUAUUAUUAUUGCGCAAAACUUACAAAAAAUUUAUUAAUUUGAUUACUUUUUUUUUUGUUUCAAAAUGUAUUUUAUUCUCAAUGCUUUCAGAGGAUCAACCGAUAAUUUGUGAUCUUGUAGAUCUAUAGGAUGCUUAUGGAUCUUACAAAAAAACUUUUUUGUGUUAUUUAAGUUAUUUUUAAGUUUUUACAUUACAUACAUUAUAUUUAUACCUUAUAUUAUAUACACACACAUAUAUACAUAGUUUUUUUUU